UUUAGUCAUAGUCAUUAAAAUUAGUGUACAAAUCAAGUUUAAAUCAUUCCGAAGAUGCCUGCAGUGCGCAAAUAUCGACGCGAGACAAGCGAAAUAAGCUGCUGCCUCAAAUACCUGCUCUUCACGAGUAAUGUUUUCAUAUGGAUGGCUGCUCUUAUGGUGUUGGCCGUUGGCAUCUGGGCUUGGAGCGAGAAAGACAUGUUUCGCAACAUUGCAAAGCUGAGUUUCAUAGCCUUGGAUCCGGCCUUUGUGUUGAUUAUAUUGGGAGGCAUUACCUUCCUUCUCGGCUUCAUGGGCAGCGUGGGCGCUUUGCGGGAAAAUACUUGUCUCUUGGCGGCGUAUGCCAUUUUUCUGAGUAUCUUGCUCAUAGCUGAGAUUGGGUUCUGUGCGUUGGCAUUUGUGCUCAAGGACAAGGGCUGGAUCAAAGACCAAGCCACUGAGGGGCUCAAGGCCUUCAUACGGCAUUAUCGUGAAGACGCCGAUCAGCAGAAUCUCAUCGAUUGGAUACAAGAGGACUGGUUGCAGUGCUGCGGCAUUGAUGGGCCCAAGGACUGGGACAGCAACAACUAUUUCAAUUGCUCGUCCAUUGCCAUUGGCAGCCGAGAGGCCUGCGGGGUGCCCUUCUCCUGUUGCCGUCGUCGGCCCCAAGAGCUUAUUAAAAACAAGCAAUGUGGCUAUGAUGUGCGAAAGGAGGGAUAUCCUGUGGAUAGGAAUAUACAUGAGCGUGGCUGUUUGCGCGCUGGCGAGGAUUGGUUGGAGGCACAUCUUAUAAGUGUGGCAGCGGCCUGCGUUGGUCUGCUGAUGCUGCAGGGCAUGGAGCUGUCCAAAAUAAUAUAUGAAAAGGGCUGCGUUCAGGCUGGUGAAGAAUGGAUGGAGCAUAAUUUGAUUAUCAUUUCCACGGCUGUCAUUGCGGUCAUGUUUUUCCAGAUCUUGGGUAUUUGUUUUGCUCAGAACUUGCGUGCCGACAUUUAUACCCAAAAAUCGAAAUGGCACUGACAAAUGGCCCUCGCUGCCCCCACAGCACUUUAGAGCAUAGCUCGCAAACAACGGUCAACACUUUUUCCCUUUGCUGUGUGGUCACUGACGAAACAGAAAAAAAAACUCGGCCAAACGGUUUCUCACUGAGCAGAACACAGCUGAGCAGAAACUGAUUUGAUCGGACCUUUUCUUUCUUCUUCGAAAGUGUCAACCGUUAUUUGAGAGGUCUGCUUUAGAGAAAAAAAGAAAGGAGGAGGAAUACGAGGAGUACAUCUAAUACAAGGCAGAAAAACACUACAAAUACUCAUCUACGCUUCGGUUAGUUAACUAUACUAUAAAUACCUUAUACUAUCUACCCAUAUGUGUCUGUACUCGUAUACACGAGUAUACCUAUAGCUAGCUAUGUAUGUGUCUAACUAAAACGCAAACGCAUUCCGUCUUCGUGUGUGGGACAUGAUCUAACGAAUAGUGUUGUGUUGCUCACGAGUGAGGGAACAAAGAAGAGUUGUUCGCUUAAGUGAGCAACUGAACAUGUUCCUUCAAAACUCUUGCUCACUUGUUCAUUUUUGCUCACUUGUUCUCUGCUCCUCAAAGGGCAUUUUGCGUUAUGACAGUUGUUGCUCAUAUUUGCUUUUAUUUCACAUUUUUUGUAUUACCGGCAAACUGUUCAAUCUUUUGAAAAUUCAGUAUAUCCCUAAUUCGAAUAUUCGAUACUUCGAAAGUAUAGUGCAAUUUGGAAUCACUGGAUUUUUUUUUAGUUAUAAAUGUUUGAUUCAAAUUGAAAUGUAACGUAUUUUAUUUGUGCCAAAAUCUCUGGUGCUAAGGGUGCAUGAACAGUGAACAAGAGAACAAGUGUGCAACUGAGCAAUCUAAGUGCGCGAGUGAGCAUGUGAGCAAUAUGAGUUAGUUGACUCACUUACUAAAAAAGAUCAAGUGAACAUUUUCACCAAAAUGA